AUGAAGGGUUAUGGUAAAACAAACGAGAGCAAGCAGAGAAGUCUGCAAAGUGAGUACUUUGAUACUCAAAACAACAAUUUGGAUACAGAAAUGUAUUUAAAAGACAAAAUUAAGCAUGUUUAUGCUGAUGGUAGCACUCCUAGAGUUUGCUACAAGAAAGAUCGAGAAUUACAAUAUUCUCUCAACAAAUUAAAAAUUCUUUCUGAAAGAAU